GGAUUUCCUACUUCUCUUCUCAAGUGUUUCAUUUCUUCAUUUCCCACACAGCUGGCCAUGACCAUCCUCCAGAGAGAGACCCGUGAGGGAUCCUGACCAUUAACCCUGUUGGUUUUACAGCCCAGUGUGGAGGAACAGCAGAAGAGAUGGAAGGAGUGCUCCUGAGCCCAGGCUUCCCAGGGAAUUAUCCCAGCAACCUGGACUGCACGUGGAGGAUAUUGCUGCCAGUGGGGUUUGGUGCUCACAUCCAGUUCCUGAACUUCUCCACCGAGCCAAACCACGACUUUGUGGAGAUCCGGAAUGGGCCCUACGACACCAGCACCGUCAUCGGGCGCUUCAGCGGCGCCGACCUGCCCGGCUCCCUCCUGUCCACCUCCCACGAAACCACCGUCUACUUCCACAGCGACCACUCCCAGAACAAGCCAGGCUUCAAGCUGGAAUAUCAAGCCUACGAGCUGCAGGAGUGCCCCGACCCGGAGCCUUUUGCCAACGGGGUGGUGAGAGGGGCCGGGUACAACGUUGGCCAGUCCAUCUCCUUCGAGUGCCUCCCUGGCUUCCAGCUGAUCGGCCACCCCAUGCUGACCUGCCAGCACGGCACCAACAGGAACUGGGACCACCCCCUGCCCCGCUGUGAAGGUACGGCCUGGGGGGGACCCGGGGGCACCCACGUGGGUGUUCCUGGGCACUGGAAAGGUUCCAGCUCUGCGCUGGCCCCCUGUGAGUCCCCGUGUUGUCAUUGGGCUGGAAGUGACUCCGCAGAGCAAAGCGUGGCUGGAG